UUUUUAUUUUUAACAUUAAUAAUUCUUAGAUUUAUAUUAUGGACGCUAGCUCAGUGUUUAGUGUAUAAUAUUUAUUGAGCAGUUAUGUGUCCAGCAGCCAAUUAAACACAGUGUUAGAUGUUUUUCAAAGGUCUUUUAACAUUGUGGAAGGUUUUUGUUAUAAAGUUGGUUUAUCAGUAAAUCCAGCCAAAACAAUUGUAAUUCCUUUCACUACGAAGUAUAAAUUAGGUGAUCUACGUCCUCCAGUUAUGUAUGGGCAAAGGAUAGAAUUCAGUUAUGAAGAAAAUAUCUUGGUGUCCACUUAGACAGCAAAUUAAACUGGAAUUUACAUGUAUAUUUCGUUGUAAGUGAAAUGAUUAAGUCCUUUUGGGCUUGUAGAUCAAUUGUUGGUAAAAACUGGGGAUUAAAACCCAAUAUGAUGUAUUGGAUGUAUGAGUAAGUUAUUCUACCACGAAUUAUGUAUGGAUGUGUUGUUUGGUGGCAUAAAAUGAAACAAGUUUUUGCCUCUCAGAAAAUUGAGAAACUGCAAAGAAAAGCAGAAUUGUCAAUUUGCGGUGCAUGGACAACUACUCCAAAACUGGCUUUGGAUAGAUUUCUUGAGCCUCCUCCACUUCGAGUGAGAAUCGAAGCUGCAGCUCAAACAAGUGCAUCCAAAUUGAACGUUAAUAAACUAUGGGUUAAUGACUGGAUUUCUACAGAUCAUAUGGAAUUAAAUCGAUUUCUAAGGAGUGUAGUUGUAUCAGAAGAUAAUGCUGCUGAAUCUUGGGAUUUGGUGGAUAAUAAUUGUAUGUCUGUAUGCACUGAUGCAUCAAAGUCAGAAAGUGGUGUUGGCAUCGGUCUGUUCAGCAAUGAUUUGAGUUUGAAUUCAUCCUACAAACUGCAAGAUCAUGCUUUCCAGCAAUGGUCAGGGCAAUGAAGUUAUCCUAAAAUGGAUACCUGGGUAUAGUGGCAUUGAAGGUAAUGAAGCAGCUGAUCAAUUAGCCAAAGAGGCAGUACACAAGGAGAAUCAUGACAAGUCCACGCAUUAUGAUUUCGGUUUUUUGAAGUCAGACAUACGAGAAUGGUUAGUGCGACAACAUUUUCGUAUCUGGAAUUUCGAGGAAGGAGCCAUGACAGCGAAAAGACUUCUUGGUCCUAAAAACAAAAAUAAAUUGUCGGAUGUUCUUAGAUUAACAAGGAAAUCUUAGCAAGGAGAUCUUAGUAUCUUAAUUGGUGCUUUGACAGGACACAUGAGUAUCAACAGUUUUCUUUUUAAGUUGAAUUUAUCUAAUAAUAAGUCUUGCAGGUUUUGUAAGGUGAAUGAGG